UGAGAAAUGAAAGAAUUAGAUGGAUGAGUCCUCCAGAAAAUUGGUUUAAUCUCAUGUAAUUUACCAGCUUGUGUCUCUUGCCAGACUGAAAACCUUAUGAUCAGAACCUUCCUCAGUCAUCUUUGGGUUCCGUCACCAAAUAUGGAGCUCAGCUCAGUGUAUGGCAAUUCACAUUUGGUCAAAGAAUGAAGUGAUAGGAGAUGGGGCUCCAGAGGGCAGGACUAAACCAGAAGUUGUCCCCAUAGAGGGCGCCCUCGGGCAUGGACUUCCAGCUGUGGUGGGGGGGGGGGAGGAAGGAGCUAGCUACACAGCUGCUUGAAUUUAAGGUGGACCGAGGGAUUUUUUCCCCCCACCCAGCCUCAGACAUAGGAAGUAGGCAGUUUCCAGCUUCACACCUAUGCUUUCCACCCUUUCCACCAGGUUUAGGAGAAAAGAUGGUAUUUUCUUUCUUUUUUAAGCCAGCUGGAGUACCAACACCCCAGUCUAAAAAAAAAAAAAUUUGAGUGCCUCCUGCAAAUCAGGCGAGGUCAAGGGCUUAAGCAAGAUUAUUCUCCCCAUUUCACAGAUGACGAAAUUGAGGUUUCCUUAACAGAUUCUGACGGGGGUGCUCUAAGAGGUGCUGUCAAUAAAAGGGGGAAAUUCCUGUGAAACUGCAAUCCCUUCCUUCAGAGGGCCUCCUUAACAGCUGUCCUGCCGGCGUCGCCAGCUGCCCGGCCAGUUCCUGUCCCUUUCGGAGCCCGCGCUCGCCCUGCCUGACUUUACAGGAGUCUGUCUUGUUGCUGGGCCCCAGGCCCACAGUAGGCGGAAUGGAGUUUUCGGAGCUGAUCCGUACCGGCCGGGCCCAAGCCGAGCUCCUGAGGGGCUCUGAGGCGCCCCCGCUCCGCGGUACGCUGUGUGUCACAGGCCAUCACCUGCUGCUGUCUCCAGGGCCCCAGGCAACUCCAGACCUGUGGCUGCUGCUUUUGCGUAGUGUCGACUCAAUCGAGAAGCGGGUCGCGGGUGACUCCGGCACCAUCACGCUGCGCUGUAAGGACCUGCGCGUGCUGCAGCUGGACAUAGAGGGCGUGGAAGCGACGCUUGACAUCGCCCGCUCCAUCGAGGCGCUGUCCUCCCUGGAAUCAGUCAUCACCUCCUAUCCGUUCUUCUACCGUCCCAAGAGCUUGAGAUUGGGCGACGCCUGGCACUUCCACCCGCCGGAACGCUACUACCAGCGAGUAGCUCGCGAGACCAACGCGUGGCGGCUGAGUGAGGUGAACCAGGACUUCAGCUUGUGCCCCAGUUACCCCCGCGCCGUGAUCGUGCCUCGCGCAGUGGACGACGAUGCCCUGGCUCGCAGCGCCCGCUUCCGCCAGGGAGGCCGCUUCCCUGUGCUCAGCUACCACCACGCUCCCAGCGGAACCGUGCUGCUACGUUCCAGCCAGCCCCUAACCGGGCCCCAGAAGCGGCGCUGCGCUGAGGAUGAGGAGCUGCUGCGAGCUGUGCUGGAAGGAGCUCCCCAUGGGGCCCGGGGCUUCAUCGUGGACACGCGCUCGGCCCAGACCGCCAAACAAGCCCGUCUGACUGGCGGCGGCACCGAGGCCAAGGCCGCCUACCCUGGCUGGAAACGGCUGCACCGGCCCCUGGAGAGGGGGCGGCCUCUACAGGAGAGCUUUGUGCGCCUGGUGGAGGCAUGUGGGGACCUGGAACAGAGCAUGGAUCGCUGGCUUAAUCGACUAGAGGGCUGCCACUGGCUGGCACAUGUGAAGGAGGCACUGAGCACCGCCUGCCUAGUGGCGCAGGGCAUGGAGAGGGAAGGGGCCUGUGUCCUGGUGCACGGGACUGAAGGCACAGACAGCACCCUGCUUCUGACUUCACUGGCCCAACUCAUCCUGGACCCUUUAAGCCGGACCAUGUCUGGGUUCCAGGAACUGGUGGAGCGAGAGUGGAUCCAGGCCGGCCAUCCCUUCCAGCUGCGCUGUGCCCACUCAGCCUUCUCCCACGCCCGCCCCAAGCACGAGGCACCCACCUUUCUCCUCUUCCUGGAUUGUGUGUGGCAGCUGGGCCGCCAGUUCCCGCUGUCGCUGGAGUUUGGGGAGGGGCUGCUGUUGGCGCUGUUUGAACAUGCCUAUGCCUCUCCUUUUGGCACCUUCCUCUGCAACAGUGAAAAGGAGAGGUGCCUGUGUGAAGUAAGAACUCGAACACACUCCUUGUGGACUGGGCUCAAUCAGCCAAAAGAGCAACGAAAACUCCGGAACCCACUCUAUGUCCUCAAUCCUUUGGCCAUCUGGCCCUCAGUGGAGCCUCAGAGCUUGCGACUGUGGCAAGGACUGUUUCUGCGCUGGAUCCGCCCAUCUGAGCCUUCAGAGGUAGCAUGGGAGAAGGUGUGGCAAAUAGUGACAGAUAAGGAGAAUAUGGAAGGCUCUCAGCCAAUGGUUUCAGCCUCUGAGCCCCAGCCCUAAGCGCUGGUGCCUUGCACAGCGGCUGAGACAUUUCUGAGACCUCUUCAGGCCCCUCAGCACCUCUGGACCUUGGAUGAGGGUGCCUGCAACCAGCCUACCCCAUAAUAUUGAAGUUCCAAGUUUGAAGUGCCCCAAGUGCAGGGAGAAGAUCCAAUAAUAAAGGGAUCCAUGACUGGUAUCAAUUUGGUGGGGUGUCACUGAGAAGGAAAAAUGAUUAAAUAGACCCUACAAAAUACCUGACCAGAAACCAUUUAUUUCCAAACUAAUUUAUUAUUUCUCAGAGUCCAAAACUUUCUGUGAGCCCUGGCCUGGAAACUUUUCCCUGGCCAGGAUGGAGAUCCAACUUCUUAAAUCUCAAACUCAAA